GUACAAUGUCUAUAAACAAGGUCAGGGCCCUCGGGUAUUAGCCCCCUCAUGUCUUCACACGUCGCUCGACUCGGAUUGUUCUGCUAUUCGUGCCCAAGUGUAAGAUGCGUUCCACCGCCCUCUUCGGCCUCCUGCCGCUGGCCUUGGCCGCCCCGUUCGAGGACAGGCGUGCCCCUCUCCAUGUGCCCCGGGGUGCGACGACUGGCGAUAGCUACAUUGUCAAGAUGAAGGCCGGAGCCCCCAACGAGAUUGGCAUCCAGGCCAUCAAGCCCGAUGCCGACCAGGAAUUCACCAACCUGAGCGCCUUUUCUGCGACCCUGGACGACGAGGACUUGGAGCAGCUCCGGCUGAACCCCCAGGUUGAGUUUGUCGAGAAGGAGCAGGAGCUGUCCAUCUUUGCGUCCGUGACGCAGACGAACGCCACAUGGGGCAUUGCCCGGCUCUCGAGCACCAGCAGCGGCGCGGCCACUUACACCUACGACGACGUGGCGGGCGAGGGUGCCUGCGCCUAUGUCAUUGACACGGGUGUCGAUGGUACACAUCCAGAAUUCGAGGGUCGCGCGUCCCUUGUAGCCAACACAAUCGAUAGUGACCCUCUCGAUCGCAACGGCCACGGCACCCACGUCGCCGGGACUAUUGCCUCCAAGACGUACGGUGUUGCAAAGAAGAGCACCGUCUUUGGCGUCAAGGCCUUCGGCCCUACUGGUUCAAGCAACACCUCUAUCCUCGUCGCCGCGAUGGAUUUUGUCCUGGGCGACUUCCCGUCCAAGGCCUCCCUGUGCCCCAAGGGCAUCAUCGUCAACAUGUCCCUCGGCGGUCCUACUUCGCCGGCGAUGGACGAUGCCGCCACCGCCCUUGUCAACGCAGGGCUCGCCGUCGCCGUGGCCGCUGGCAACGGCGCCCGCGACGCCAGCGCUAUAUCGCCCGCCCGCGUUCCGAGCGUGUGCACCGUCGGCUCAACCGAUGUCAACGACCAGGCCGGCAGCUCCUCCAACUACGGCACCUCCGUCGACAUCCACGCGCCCGGCGUCAACAUCCUCAGCACUAUUCCCGACGGCCGCACCGCACUCAGCACGGGCACCUCUAUGGCCACGCCACACGUCGCUGGGCUCAUGGCUUACUACCUCGCUCUGGACGCCACUACCCCGUCCGCGGCGUGCGAGUACCUUGUGGCCAAUGCGCUGUCAGGGAGGAUCACGAGCCUGAAGGGCACCACCAAAAACCUGUUGGCGCACCUUGUUUGAUCAUUACGUGGCGGUCGAGAACCACGCCAAGGCUACGGUUGUAUAUAUGUACCAUAGAUGACACAUUAAUGGUAGCUUAACAUGCCUACUGAAAAUGCUAUCUAGAUGGGUUUUUGCAUCAAUAGCCACACGUCAGUUUCGCUUUGGAGGUAUCGAAACAACCCUGCGAUAGUCCACUCAAACUCAUCCAGAUCCUGUAAUAUUUUGC